GUCUAAUACAUGAUUACAAUUUUACCUGCGAGAUUAAGGAUUAUUUAUUUUCCUAGAUCUCACCUGAUCCAUGUUACUCAUGCCAUUGCCAAGAUGCUAUUGUUUAAAAACGUCAAUGGUGAUGAGUAUUUCUUUUCUUUUACAGAAAAUGGAUAUGGUGUUUCUAUAGUAGCAAAUGAAGCAGCUAUUGAUCAGGAUUUCUUGCCUGCCCUGGAGGCAGCGAGUUGUCCUGAUUUGGGAGCACCUAGUGGAGUGCUUCGUGUAUUACAAGUGGAUGAUGAUGGAGGGCAAGAUGCUAGUGGUAAGAGAAUCAGUGAAAUCUCGGAGCCUUUGGCGGAAGGACGGUUCUCUAUUUUGUAUAUCGACCUAUCAAACAGAUUUUGUACUUGUGAAUGAGUCAAAAUUACAUAAUGUAAUUAAAACAUUACGGCAGGACGGAUUUGAUGUUGAAGAGGAUGGGUGUUUUACUGUGACUGAAGAGGAAGAGGAUUACGAGGACACAGCUUUAUUAUCGCCAGUAGAUCCAACGCAAUUUUUGUUAGAUACGGAUGUGUUAGAUAAUGAGCUACAGUGCGUAGGGUUAAACCGACAUUAUAGGUCUGACUGGGUUAUUACCGUUUUAAAAAUAUUGUGCUACCCUGACCUUGUCCAGAGUGAGGAUCAUAAACGAUUCUGUUCUUUUGUGGCAACUAGCGAAGAUAUCUCACUUAUAGCGGAUACACAUAUUGUUUCUUCGUUUGAAGAAAACAUGCUGAUGAAAGAGCAAGACGGCACGACCUUACGAGUGAUUCAAGUACAUUUUUCAGGCUCCAAUGUUGAACGUUGUGGUAUUGUACGAUGUAUUUCCAAGCCAUUAUCGAUGGAGGCCAAUAUCAAUAUGUUCUACUUAAGUACAUUCAUGACAGCUAAUAUCAUUGUCUCUGUGGAUGAUUUGGAAAGAGCUGUCAACAUUUUAUCGUGAAAAAGUGACGUCGGUUCAUGGUUGUUUUGUACAACAUGAUUGGGUCCAGUGUGCUCAAUAAGAAAAUUAUUUUUUUCCCCAUC